UCCUCUGCUUUUCUAUUCUUUUCUUUGAGAACAAGAAAAAGAACAGAGGAAGAGGCAGAAAUUAUAUAAAUUGGAUUUCUCUUUUUUCUUUCUUUUCCCUCUUCGUGAAUCCAUAGCCGGAGCAGCCAUGGCCGCUUUACAGUACCUCGAUACCCUUCGUAACUCGCACCCUGAGCUCGCUGAAUGGUACAAUACCCUUGCAGAUCUGUACCAGAAGAAGCUUUGGCAUCAGCUCACACUCAAGCUUGAGCAAUUCGUCGCUCUGACCGUCUUCCAGGCUGGUGAUGCACUGAUUCAGUUGUAUCAUAACUUCAUCACUGAUUUUGAGACCAAAAUCAAUCUUCUCAAGCUUGCUCAUUUUGCUGUGAUUGUCUCUCGUCAAUAUGCGGAGAAAGAAGCCGCCAUUAGUUAUCUUGAAGGGAUAAUUGAGAAACUAAGGAGUACUAAAGAGCUGCGCAUAGAGGAGCCUAUCCUCUAUAUUAAGAUGCAAAUAGCUAUUUUUAAACUUGAGCAAGGUGACCAAAAAGAGUGCAAGAAACUAUUGGAAGAUGGAAAGAGCACUCUUGACAGCAUGACGGACAUUGAUCCAUCUGUUUAUGCUAGCUAUUAUUGGGUUUCAUCUCAAUUUUACAAGUCCCGCAAAGAAUUUGCUGAGUUCUAUAAAAGUGCUCUUCUUUAUCUAGCAUACACUUCAGUGGAAUCACUGUCAGACUCAUUUAAAUUGGAUUUGGCAUUUGAUUUAUCUCUUUCUGCACUUCUGGGAGACAACAUCUACAACUUUGGAGAGCUUCUAGGGCAUCCUAUUAUCAAAAGUCUGUCGGGCACAAAGGUCGAGUGGCUUUACUACAUUCUUCAGGCAUUCAAUUCUGGUGAUUUAGUUCGCUAUCAAGAGCUAUGCCAAGUCCAUAACGCAGCUUUAAGGGCCCAACCAGCUUUAGUUGAUAAUGAGAAGAAACUAUUAGAGAAAAUCAACAUUCUUUGCCUCAUGGAAAUUAUCUUCAGCCGGCCGUCUGAAGACCGAACCAUUCCAUUGAAAGUUAUAGAAGAGCGGACAAAACUUUCUACAGAGGAUGUGGAGCAUCUACUAAUGAAGAGUCUCUCUGUCCACCUUAUAGAAGGUAUAAUCGAUCAAGUCGAGGGAACGGUACAUGUUUCCUGGGUGCAACCUAGGGUUCUGGGCAUUCAACAGAUCAAAUCCCUGCGAGACCGGCUGGACAAUUGGGUGGAAAAAGUGCACACGGCUUUACUUUCGGUCGAGGCCGAGACCCCUGAUCUAGUUGCAUCAUAAUCCUCUUCAUUUCAUCUCUAAACAAUUUAGCCAAGGGACGAAACAAAAGCCAGGAGAAACUACUGCCGAUCCUUUAUAUGAUGAUUUUCAUGUGCUGGCUGGCUGGCUGUUUUCCAAGCUGUCUUUUCAUCUUGCCUACUGCUAUCUUGAACUAUUUUCUAGGAAGCAGAAGCCUCUACUUCAGUCUAGUUAGUUUUAAAAGUGAGCAUGGAUUGGAGGAGUUGAAAUGGACUUAAUUUGACUUCUGUAUUUGUUUUACUUUUGUUGCAUACAAUUGAGUUUUGAUGUGCUCCAUGGAAAUCCAUUUUAUGAUAUGUUUAAAUCUUAUAAACCAGACUUCAUAUAA